UAUAAAUAUUUAAUAUUGUUCGUUCUUAGUUGAAAUAUAAAAGUCGUAAUUUCUUUUUUAAACUACUGAAUAAAUUGUCAGUACAAUAUUUUGUUAUGUAGCUAUGACGUCUAUGCUUCCCUUCACUCCCCCAAUUGUUAAACGUCUUCUGGGCUGGAAAAAAGGAGAAGGAGAAGAUAAGUGGGGUGAAAAAGCAGUGAAAAGUUUAGUAAAAAAACUUAAGAAGACGAACGCGCUUGAAGAAUUGGAAAAAGCUAUAACUACUCAAGAUCCUAAUACUAGGUGCAUUACAAUUCCUAGCUUGCGUUCUGAUAAAGGAGACAUUGGUAAUUUGAGGACCGUUGACGGAAGGGUGCAGGUGUCACACAGGAAAGGGCUACCUCACGUGAUAUACUGCCGCCUGUGGCGUUGGCCUGAGGUGCAGUCUCACCACGAGCUGAGGGCUAUAGAAACUUGCACCUACGCCUUUGCGCUCAAGAGAGACGACGUGUGUGUCAAUCCCUACCACUAUUGCAGGAUUGAAGCCCCAGUUCUACCAGCAAUACUUGUGCCCCGAUCUAGUGGGGAGUCGAGCGUAGAGAGUGGUGGAGGAGUGGAGCUGGUGGAGCAUAUAGCUUCCCCACCCACAAACACGUCAGCCCCUGCCCUUCCUCAUCCCUUAGCUCUCGCCCUGGAGGCCACAACCACCCGCCCACCCACAGAAACACCUCCCCCCGGAUACAUGUCCGAGGAUGGCGACAAUAUGGACCAUAAUGAUAACCUCAGCAUGAGCCCCAGCCCAGCCUUGGAUCCUCAGCCGGUCAUGUACUGUGAGCCCGUGUUCUGGUGUUCCAUCAGCUACUAUGAGCUCAACACACGAGUAGGAGAGACCUUCCAUGCCUCUCAGCCCUCUAUCUCUGUUGAUGGAUUCACAGAUCCAAGCAAUUCAGAGAGAUUCUGCCUGGGCCUGCUUUCGAAUGUGAACCGCAACAUAGUUGUCGAGCAGAUCCGUAGGCACAUAGGCAAGGGUGUGCGGCUCUACUACAUCGGGGGAGAGGUGUUCGCAGAAUGCCUCAGUGAUUCUUCCAUAUUCGUGCAAUCCCCCAACUGCAACCAACGCUAUGGCUGGCAUCCUGCUACCGUGUGCAAAAUACCUCCUGGGUGUAAUUUGAAGAUUUUCAACAACCAAGAAUUUGCAACACUCCUGUCUCAGUCAGUGGGUCAGGGCUUUGAAGCAGUCUAUCAACUAACUCGGAUGUGCACAAUACGCAUGUCAUUUGUGAAAGGAUGGGGAGCAGAAUACAGGAGACAGACUGUGACAUCUACCCCUUGCUGGAUAGAGUUGCAUCUCAACGGACCCCUGCAGUGGUUGGAUAGAGUGCUCACACAGAUGGGCUCCCCCCGCCUCCCUUGCAGCUCCAUGUCUUAAUGUGAUGUGUAAUGGUGUGUUACAGGAGACAGACUGUGACAUCUACCCCUUGCUGGAUAGAGUUGCAUCUCAACGGACCCCUGCAGUGGUUGGAUAGAGUGCUCACGCAGAUGGGCUCCCCCCGCCUCCCUUGCAGCU